UCCUCUUUGCUCAUGUUGCCAGCUAACCGAAACAGAGGAGCAGUUUUCGGUGCAACACCACAAUGUCUCUUUCCGUGUACGUUACAGCUUCGCUAUAUAUUCUGUCUAAAUUAGUGACAACUUGGUGCCACACUUUCCAAACCAAACCUCUCUUUCUGUCUUUCUCUGAGAUGAACAAACCUCACUUUCGCAAUCGUGUCGGAGAUCACAAGGUCAAGACAUUUGUGUUGAAAUGUCACGAGGACGGCAUCGAGGUUGUGAUGAAAGCUUAUCUGUUUGACCCAGACCUGCCUGUGGAGCCAACACAUUUGAGCCUUGGACCUUUCAGUGCUGCGCAAGAUCACUGCACAGCAAAAGUGUCUGGGAAUGGGGAGUACAUCAUAAGAGCACCUCUGACUGACUGUGGGAGUAAACUAAUGUUUACCGAGAGUGCUUUGCUGUACAACAACCUCCUGCUGUACUCUCCUCCUCCAACAUCACCUGGACACAUGUUUCAAACAGAAGGAGCUGCCAUUCCAGUCCAGUGUGAAUAUGAAAGUUCCUGGAAUGGAAAUGCAAGUGAUGUAGGUUGCUGGGUUGAAAUCCCUCUACCUUGCAGGAGGUACACAGUGAGCAGCAGGGCCCUGAAACCAACCUGGAGUCCCCCGUUCUCCAUCCAGUCAACACAUUUCCUGGACUUGGACUUCCACCUUAGGCUCAUGACAAAUGACUGGAGGAGUGAGAGAAAGUCAUUAAUUUACUUCCUGGGUGAUAUGGUCAACAUUGAGGCGUCUGUAGAUCAUCGUCACCUUCCUCUUCGUCUGUAUGUAAACAGCUGUGUGGCUACUCUGACCUCUGAUGUCAAUUCUUACCCCAGAUACCCCUUCAUAGACCACCAGGGAUGUUUUACAGACUCACAUCUGGAUGGCUCUAGCUCCCGUUUCCUGCCCAGAGUCCAGGACGAACUCCUUCAUAUUCAACUCGAACCUUUCUUCUUCCACCAGGACCCCAGACACACUAUGUAUAUAACAUGUUACCUGGAAGCAGAGCCCAUUUCAAACAAGGACCCGGUGAAAAAGGCUUGUUCUUUCAUGAGUGGGAGGUGGAGGUCAGUGGAUGGUGAUGACCGUGUCUGUGAGAGCUGCAGCAGGGUUAAAGAGAUGAAUCAAAGCGAUAGUGCCAAGUCCAACCACAAGAGGGCGAUGAUGAGCAAAACAAAGCACAGACAAAAUGCGCUGCACAGUGAAACCAAUUUGGGUCCAUUGAUAUUUGUCCCCUGAACGACGACUACUAUGACACACAGCUAUUUGUAUUAAAGUGAUUUAGUUUAAUAAAAAUGUUUAAGCAACUGUGACAUGUA